AUGGAUUUCAAAACUUGGAACAUGUUCUGGAGAUUAUGUUUUGGAGUCUUAGCAACUUUGAUCAUUACGGGAAAUAUUCUCAUCAUCUGGAUUUUUUUUAAGCUGAGACGCCGAAAGCGUUCCACAUUUCUUCUGAUCGGUUUGGGCGUGGCUGAUUUACUGGUGGGAGGACUGGCCGUUCCUCUUCUCAUAGCAACAUAUGAAUCAGCUUCAAUAACAGUAUGGCGUGUUUUCGACCUUGUUGACGUGUUUACAAGUACAUCGUCCAUUUAUGCACUUGCUGUUAUUUCCGUGGAGAGGAUGUUCGCCAUCGGUUGGCCUCUUCGUCAUAGAACUGCAAACUUUCGUCUUUAUAUAUGUGCUAUUGCCCUACCGUGGAUCAUAGCAGCAAUAUUCGCUAUAACAUUUUUCGUUUAUGCAAACUUCAUCUUCAUGACAAGAGACAGCGUAAUCUACCCCAUAGUUUUGUUACCUGCAACACCUCUAUUAAUUAUGUGUGUAGCGUAUUAUGUUAUUUGGAGGAAACAAAAAUCAACAAUAUGUAACCAAAACAAUAUCAUCAGAGAGGUCAAAUUAGCAAAAACAUUAUUUUUGAUAACAGGAGCUUCUGUUUUCACCUGGCUCCCCUUCCAGAUUCUUAACCUGUUGGCAUAUUUGCAAAUAACCGCAAACUUUUCUCAUAUGCUACCAACGGUACUCAUUAUCAGGGUUUUGCAAUAUAGCAAUUCGUUCGUGAACGUAAUUAUUUAUCCAUUAAGAAUUCCAGAAUUUAAAAACUACCUGCUACACUUACUUCGUUGUUGUGUAGUUCACCGUCAGGUAUUUAGAGCUGGGGUUUUAUCAUCAGCCGGGUCCGGGUCAGUUGUAUCCUUAGUAAGAUUUACAAGUACGCAGCACUUAUCACCGAGCUCUAAACAGGAGAGUGCAGUUUGA